AUGCCUCCCAAGGGACUUUCACUGGAAGAAAAGCGAAAGCGUUUAGAAUCUAUCUUUCAUGAAUCCAAAGACUUUUUUCAGUUGAAAGAAAUUGAAAAACUAGGCUCUAAGCGGCAAAUUGUCCUUCAAACAGUAAAAGACGUGUUGCAGUCGUUGGUCGAUGAUGGCCUCGUGAAGUCUGAAAAAAUUGGAACAAGCAACUAUUACUGGUCGUUUCCAUCAGAGGCAAAAAGGUCUCGUGAAGCAACCAUCGAAUCUCUUCAAGCGCAGCUAGAUGAAUAUAGGGAAAAGGUCCGUCAAGUCUCUGAAUCUAUUGCUACUGAAACUGCCAAACGAAAAUCUGAAAACGAAAAUGGAGAUGAUGAAACCUUUACACCUCAAGUGUUGGCACAAAAGGAGUCGUUACUCCAAUCCUUGCAGUCUCAGCUUGCAAGUUUAAACCAUUGCAAUCCUGAAACAAUCGCUUUAAAAGAGAAAAUGACAAUGAAUUAUCUUGAAGCCGCUAAUCUUUGGACUGAUCAGACGCUCUCUCUGCUUUCGUUUUGUAGAGACAUGGGUGCCGAAGUUCCACAAAUUCUUCAGGCUUGCGAUAUACCUGAAGAUUUAGAUGAAAUAACCCUACCUGUCAAAGAGUGA